CAUACGUAGACAGCGUCGCCAUAAAUGACCGGCAUUUCGCGCUCAUCCGGCAGGCACAGGAAAUCUAGGAGGCGUUACGUUAGUAGUACUAACUAGCGUUUGCUGUAGCGCAUGCCUCAUUGAAUAAUGCACGUCGACGAUGGAAUGGAGAACUCGAGGAGUUAUCGGCUACUGUGAUCGCGUAUAAGUUGUCCGACUGCCAGUGCUAUGGCAACCGAGACCGGAGUUUGUUCCGAACAUACUAGUGACACUUUACCUAAUGACAAUCCUUUGUUGCUAAUGUCGUACGUGCACAAGCUUGUUCGUGUUGAAACUACGGAGGGGGAUGUUCUCGCCGGUUACGUUAAAACAGUCGACCCAAUCUCUGAAAGCGUCGUUCUGGUCCUGUUUGAGGACGGCAAACCGAAGGUGCUGCAUGUCAUCAUGGGACAUGCCGUCAAGUCGGUGACGGUCGUCACAGACGCGAGCCCUGCAGACAAGGAGCAUAUCGAGAAACUGUUCAUGCCGACGCAGAAAGAGCUCAGUACGGAGGAGCUUCGCCAGAGAAAAGAGAAGGUUCGUUCGUGGAUGUGUGUCAACCGCAUUCCAAUCAGCGAGGCCACCAAGGAACCCGGUACACUGGUCAUUGCCGGAUCGGUGCGGCUGCUUCCACCCUACGGGCCGGACGACUUGCAGUGCACCAACUCUCUCGUGCUCGGCAAGAUACGCGGAAUCAUGUCCCUGAUGCCUGCCGACGUCGAGUCGUGGACGAGCCCUUACGAACCGACUAAGUAGUGGGGAGUUCUAUGGGCAUGAUGUGAAUGGCCAGGUUAAUUGUGAGUGGCUUCAUUUUCUUAUUGCGGAGUUGCUUGCCAAGUCGUAGACGAAUCUUGGCAACACAAGAGCGUGGCGUGUUACCUGCGGCAUGGAAUCGACGCGAAGUGCAGCGUCUCAAGUUUGUUGCGGGUGAUCCACCCUCUGCAUAUUCUCGUUGGAACUGUAAAGUUACCAUUUUUGAUUUUUUUUAAAGGACUGUCCUAAAUACAGAAGUGAAUGCAAACUGUCUUUACGAGCUUUAGCGUUGAAUUUUUUCAUUUCAGCCCAAUUAUGCUUUGUGGCUUCCUUCCAAAUAACCAUCUCUUGUAACUGCAUCUGAACACGCUUUUGUGAUUGAAGCCCAGA